AUGGCAACCGAAACCCCAAGUCUACAACAAGCCGCAGUGGUGGUAAAUCCCGGCGAAAAAGCCCAAAUCACUCUUCGAAAUGACCUACCAGUCGCAAUUCCGGGCCUGAAUGAAGUUCUAGUCAAGUUAACAUGUACCGGCCUAUGUCGCUCAGAGCUCCGAGCUGUCCAAGCCUGGGGUGCCUAUAACUCCAUUAUUGGCCACGAAGGAGUCGGCAUCGUGGUGAAAGCAGGACCUGACGCCUCGCAAUCUCUGCUCGGCCAACGUGUCGGAAUCAAAUGGUUGUACAGUGCAUGCAACGACUGCUCCGUUUGUAAACGCGGAUUCCUGCACAAUUGUGCGAAACAGCUCAACACGAGCCGUCAUGUCCCCGGAACACUGCAGCAGUACGUCAUCGCGGAUGCGAGGUUCCUGACUAUUAUUCCGGAGGGCGUGGCCGAUGAAGUCGCGGCACCGUUGCUAUGCGCUGGGCUGACAAUGGUUGGCGCUUUAUCGAAACUCGAAAAUGAUUUGCGGGCUGGUGACUUCGUCGUUAUCUCCGGAUCUGGUGGUGGUUUGGGGCAUAUUGGCGUGCAGAUCGCAGCUAGGAUAAAGAAGUUGCGAGUUAUUGCUGUUGAUAGUGGUGAUGAUAAAAGGAAACUGAGUCUUGAGUCUGGCGCGGAAGUAUUCUUCGACUUCAAGACUGAUGAUGUCGUCGCUCGGGUGCAGGAGCUGACGGGAGAGGGUGCGCAUGCCACAAUCGUUGUCCCUGGAACAGAGGAUGCAUUAAAGAUGGCCCCGAGUCUGGUGAGAAAUAUGGGUUUUAUUGUGAAUGUUGGCUUGCCGCGGAAUGAUAUCCAAAUUCCACUUUCGGCCACAAUUUGCACGGCGAGAGGUCUUACCUUCAUAGGGUCCUCUGUGGGCACCGAGGAUCAAAUGACCGAUUUACUGAAAGAAGCAGCCGCAGGCAACAUAAGCCCGGCGAUUGAAGUCUUUGAUUUCUCAUCCGUGCCGACAUUAAUUGAUAGGCUAAGGGUGGAUGGCGUCACAGGAAGAGCAGUCGUCAAACUACCACAGUGA